AUGCAGGACGUUACCAUAAUGAAGGCUUUAAUCCUCGUUGGUGGAUAUGGAACGCGGUUACGGCCACUGACUCUGAGCUUCCCAAAGCCUAUCGUGGAAUUUUGCAAUAAACCGUUGCUGCUUCAUCAGAUCGAAGCUUUAGUUAAAGCCGGUGUAAGCGAAAUAAUCCUUGCCGUAAGCAAGUCUGCGGAUCGUUGUGAUCUCCUGGAAAGCGAGGUUCGAAAACACGAAGCCCGUCUUGGUGUUAAUAUUAUAUUUUCCUACGAAUCCGAGCCGCUUGGCACAGCUGGCCCGUUAGCUCUGGCCGCAAAGUGGCUCACAAGUUCGUCUGAGCCCUUCUUCGUUCUCAACAGUGAUGUCAUUUGUGCCUUCCCUUUUGAGCAGUUGAAGCAGGCUCAUGCGAAACACGGUGGCGAAGCCACCAUCGCGUUAACAAAGGUUGAAGAACCCUCAAAAUUUGGCGUAGUAAUAUUUGAGGAGGAGACAAGUCGGGUCAAACGCUUCGUUGAAAAGCCACCCGAUUUCGUCGGAAAUAAAAUCAACGCUGGAAUCUACCUGCUCAACCCGAGUGUCAUUUCACGCAUUCCGUUGAAACCAACGUCAAUCGAGAAAGAGGUGUUCCCGCAGCUAGCCGAGGAUGGCAAACUCUACUGCUUGCCAAUCAAAGGCUUUUGGAUGGAUGUGGGUCAGCCGAAAGACUUCAUUACCGGCACUGCUCUCUACCUUACCUACCUUGCCGCGACUGACCCUAAGAGCCUCGCGACCGGUCCAAAUAUCUGUGGAAAUGUCAUGAUUGACCCAUCAGCUAAGGUGAGCGAAAGCAGCCUGAUAGGACCAGACGUUGUCAUUGGACCGGACGUCGUGGUUGAGGAGGGGGUUCGUAUACAAUCCUCGACCCUACUGCGUGGCUGUAAAGUGCAAAACCACUCCUGGCUCAGUUCCUGCAUCAUCGGAUGGGACUGCUUAGUUGGCAGAUGGGUCCGAAUGGAGAAUGUCUCGGUGUUGGGUGAAGAUGUUGAGGUCGCAGACGAGAUAUAUGUGAAUGGUGGGCGCGUGCUGCCGCACAAGCAAAUAAAGGACUGUGUUACAGAACCGCAAAUUAUUAUGUAA